GUCGCACGGCCUCUGCCUACAGGGCGUUCCGCCAUAGCGACCGAGCGUUGGGGAGGGAGCGACUGAGCGCGCACUCGAGCAGAAGACGAUCGAGAGGUCGGGGGCCGAAGGUCGAGCGAAUUUCGGACAAGAGCGAAAUUGAAUAUCUCCAGGUGUCCAGCGCUUCGGUCAGCGCUCCAAAGCCCUCCUUGCUUCGAUAUUUGUAGGCGGGGAAUUGCGCAAUCAUGGCUCACGCUGCCAUCUCUCGCCCGGCGCCGAGAUCAGCUCUGUGCCUCGCGAAUCCGCAAGAAUUGUCCAGGAAUUUGCUCCUCGGGCCCCCCGACUGCCGGAGCGCCACUGCGUUCGAGUCCCGACGCAUUCCGCCAGUGGACAGUGCUCUUCUAGUUCGCAAGAAUUCGAACCGCCGGAAUCUUGGGGGUGGCAUUCGCUUCGGUGCAGAUGGAUGUCGUCUCGGGCGCAAGAUUGCUCGGACUGCUGAGUUGAAUUCUCACCGCGGCGUUGUUUGUCUUGGAAGCGCGUCUGGACGCGAAGGAGAGUUCGGUGGGUACUUUGUGAACGAGCUCCCAUUACCCGGGGCAUACGAAGGUUUAAUCCGGAGGCGAGCUCUCAAAAUGGCGACGAUGGCAGUGCCUCGUGCGCUCAUGGAAGAUACAACUGGUGACGAUCAUGGUGCUGGGGAUUUGGAGCGAGCGCAGCAAUCUGAGUACGGAACAUUUGGUCCCAGUGGUGACGAAAAAGCCUUCGGAGAUUCUCAGAAAGAUCUCACAGUUGAACCUUCAUCUGGAUCAUCUGCGUUUGUGAAAUGGGACUCAACAACAGCUCGCCUGGCUGAUUCAGCUACAGCAGCCUUCUUGCUCCUUCAGCUUCCUCAAAUUCUCUUGAACACACAAAAUUUAGUCGCUGGAAAUUAUGCCGCGCUUUUUGCCGUCCCGUGGAUGGGUCAGUUGACAGGUCUUCUGGGAAAUCUAUCUCUUCUUUCUUACUUUGCAAGCAAGCGGGAAAGAGGUGCGAUGGUGGUGCAAGCUGUCGGUGUUGUGUCAACUUUAAUAGUGCUCUUGCAGCUGGCGAUAGCAGGAGCGAUGCCUGCCGUGGCCUUUGCUGUGACAGGAACGGCCGUCGUCGUCGGACUCAUUCUCAACUUCCUAAAUUAUGUCAACAAAUUGAGUCCGUCCGUAUGGAGACUAUGGGGAGAAGUUGUGAGCAUCGGGGGAGUAACCGUUUUGCCACAGGUUAUGUGGUCUACAUUUGAACCUUAUCUCCCACACAGUGUGUUACCUGGUACAAUGUUCGGCAUCUUGGCAGUCACCAUGAUUGCCCUGGAUCGUUUGGACAAACUUCCAGCCAAAAUUCGCAACGUAUUAGGAGCCGUGGCUGCCUGGACUGCAACCCUGUUAUUCAUGUGGGCACCAGUUGCGCAGUGGUGGACAAAUUAUAUCAACCCUGCCAACAUCAGAGGUCUGUCAGUUUUUACUGUUCUACUGGCUAUGGUGGGGAAUUCGUUACUGCUGCCUCGCGCUCUUUUUACACGCGAUCUCAUGUGGUUCACCGGAUCAAGCUGGGGAACCAUGCUGCAAGGAUGGGGAAUUCUGCUCAGUAUGUACAUGUGUCAAGUCAUCAAUGAUGUUACCUUCUAUGGAGUGAGCGCAAUUCUUGCACUUUGGCUAAGUUCUAUGCUGUGGAAUGACUCGAAAGCUUAUAAUCUAGGAUCGCCGUUCAAGCCACUUGUAGAGCUUAUAUCCGGCAGUCGUAGAUGAAUGAUAACGAGAUUGGUAUUCAGGUAGUAUCAAAAUAAACGAUCGAAAUUGUAUUCUUAGAGUUUUUUUUUUUAGAAAUUUUGUAGUAUUAAGAUCGAAAUGAUUGCCUUUUUGUCCAGUUUCGAAAUCAUGUCGCGAGAAGUAGUAAACUGUACCAACAUAUUUGUUAAGAAAACACUGUGAAAGCUAACAAUGGCUGAUGUCAGUGAAUAGUAUCUCUCAGCAUAGUCAGGAAGAGGAUACAAAUAUUUGACGGAUACCAAUUAGGUUUAUUCUAGUAUCGGAAAAUUAUUGAUUUUAUACGCUCUGUUGGCAAUUUUAAUUCUAAAUGUGC